CCGUCAGUCUGCGAGGUCGCCUCAAGCGCUCAACACCUGUGCGCAUCUAGAAAAAAAACAGAAACCUACCUAAAUACCAAUCCAACCCAAUCAGUACUACCAAUAAGGACAGGCUCUUAAAUCAAACGAAGUGAAAGAAAAGUGACUGAAAAAGUGAAAAGCGGCAUGCAAGUGCAGAAACCCAGCCCAACCAGAUGAGCCCAACCCACAACCCAGUCGAUUGAGAUUCCAAACGCGACACAUGCUGCUGGUGCUGGAAUAACAGUUUUAGCCAAGAGAGCUGCUUGUUUUCGACCACAAGUGGUCAGAGAGGAGAGCCGGAGCCCGCAGUCUUUUAGCUGGUUCGGGAGAUCUGUGGAAAACCAAACAAACCAAGUAAAAUCGAAACAAAACAAACAGAAAACAAAAGCAACAUGAAUCAAACGCAAGUAAAUAAUUUCCUCAAGUGCUUCCUGCAAAUCGAUGAGCCGUCCAACCGUUGGACAUCACGUCACGACGGGGAGGAUCUCGAUGAUAACGACCAUGAUCAUGAUCAUGACGACGACAACGACGACGACGAGAGUGGCGUUCUGGUUGCCAAGGUCACAGCCAUGGUGGUGCUAUUUUGCGCCAGCGCGAUCUGCGGGUCCAUUCCCUUCUUGCUUAACCGUUGCUAUCGCUGGACGGAAAACCAGACGAACGCACGAUCCGCCAUUGUGGUCAAAUGCCUGCUGUACUUUGGAGGCGGCGUCCUGCUAGCCACCACCUUUCUCCAUCUCUUGCCCGAAGUUCAGGAGGUCGUCGAAGAGCUGCAGGAGUGCGGCAUCAUCGGAGAGCUCACUUUUCCGCUGGCCGAGCUUCUCAUGUGCUGUGGCUUCUUCCUCAUGUACUUCAUCGAGGAGGCCAUGCACACGUAUGUCCAUCAUCAUCAGAAGGAUGAGGCUGGCGCCGCUUUCGAGCGGGGUCACAGCAUCCGAAACAGCCACCUGCUGAAACCCACCGAAGGCAACGCUACCACACCCACAGCCCCACCGGCGCCAUUGGCUGGCACCGCUGAACUUGGAACACUAUCGGUGCAGAAUCUCCUGCAAAACGAUCUGGAGCAGCAAAAGUUUGCUACCAAGCCACAGCAACAAGCUAAUGGACACGGACACAGCCACGGGCAUGGACAUGGACAUAGCCAUCUACCAGUAAUCGCAGACGAUGCCGAUGCGGGGGACAUGUUGGCUUCAUCUCUGCGCGGACUCUUCAUCGUUUCCGCUCUGUCGCUGCACGAACUCUUUGAGGGCAUGGCCAUUGGCCUAGAGAGCUCCGCCAGUUCGGUGUGGUUUAUGUUCGGUGCCGUUUCCGCACACAAAUUGGUCCUGGCCUUCUGCGUGGGCGUCGAGCUGAUCGUGGCCAGGACCCGGAUGUUACUGGCCGUUCUCUAUGUGUUGACCUUUGCGGUGGUUAGCCCUCUGGGCAUCGGAAUCGGGAUUUUGAUAAAUCACGGCGAAGAGACAUCCGGACCCAGUCUGGUCUCCGCCAUUCUGCAAGGAUUCGCCUGCGGCACGCUCAUAUACGUGGUGUUCUUUGAGAUACUCUCGAAAAAUCGAUCCGGUCUGCGCGCCUAUUUGGCCCUCUUCGUCGGCUUCCUUGUCAUGUUUGGCCUGCAGCAGUUGACUUCCAUUGGCGGACAUGGUCAUAGCCACAGCCACAGCAGUUGCUCCACGUCGGAACACACACACAACCACCAAGAGACUGAGACUGAGACCAGGUCAGCAUCGGGCCACACCCAUGGCCACCAGCACGACCAUGAUCAUCCACAUCACCACAACCACGCUGAGGAGCUGGCCACGGUUCACAACUAUGAACAGCAGCUGCAGCUCUUGCGGCAGGUGACCCAAAAACUGCUUGAAGCCCACCCCAAGAAGGACGCCUAGAUUGUACCCUGCUCAGCAGAAUACUAAUUGUAUAUGUAUUUAUGUGUAUUAUAUAUUUGUACUGUGUAAAAAAUAGUGAAAGUAGAAACAAAAUAUAUAUUAAAAAACUG